AUGGAGUGGUUCAACAGGGAGUAUCCUGACUGUACCUCUGAUAAUGUUGAUGAUCAAAUCAAGUAUCUUCAGGAUAUGAUCUGUUUGGAAGAACAAAACAUGGAAAGUGUGCAACAAGAAACUCACAACACCAAUGAAAGACUAAGGUUGGUUAACAAUGGAACUCAGCAACUUGAGAAGAUUUUAACUAUGGGAAGGACCGACUCAGCACAUCGAGGACUAGGAUAUUCUGGGUGGGCAAAAUCUGUGGGAGGAACACAGAGUGCUCCAUUGUGUUUGUAA